GCGGCAAAAUCCCUUUUCGAAAUUUGCUUUCCCUCUUCUUUCUUCAAAACCCAUUUUCAUUCUCCCCUCUCCUAAAUCUCUUCUCCGUCUCUCAUAAAUAAGCUUGGUUGCUCUCUUCUUGUACCAGUGACUGAGUUUCUGGAUCAUCCCUCAAAAUCCAGUAAAAAGUUUCGAUCUUUCCAAUUAUCCUUUCUAGGGUUUUCUUCUUCGUCGAUUGCUAUGGCUUUGGACGCAUCGAAGCGCACAAAGAAGCCCAGCGGCAAGAAACCAUCGAAACGCAAAACGAACCCAGGCGUUCGAGUCGUCGGAGGGAGGAUCUACGAUUCUAGCAACGGCAAAUGUUGUCACCAGUGUCGACAGAAGACGAUGGACUUCGUUGCGUCAUGCAAGGCCGUGAAGAAUAACAAGCAAUGCAAACUUAACAUUUGCCAUACCUGCUUAUUGAACAGGUAUGGUGAGAGGGCACAAGAGGUAGCUACCUUAAGUGAUUGGCAUUGCCCUAAGUGCAGAGGCCUCUGCAACUGCAGUUUCUGCAGGAAGGAAAAAGGACUUGAACCUACAGGAAUAUUGUCACACAGAGCUAAAGCAAGUGGGUUGUCAUCAGUCUCUGAGCUUCUACAAGUUGAGGGUGAUGAUAGCUUCGCUUAUGUGAAAAAGGAGGAUGUUUCCAUUGAAGAUGUUGCCAAUGAGCACAAUAAAGCCGCUGGCAAGAAGAAGAAAGCCUUGAAUAAGAAAACAAAGGCAAACCUGGAUGAUGUUUCUAUUGAAGAUGUUGCCAAUGAGAACAGCAAAGCGGCUGGCAAGAUCAAGAAAGCCAAAGCCACCAACGAAGUGAAAGAGGAGGAGAUUCUGAUUGAGGCUAAACUUCCUAUCGGUAUAAGCUUGACUAAUGUCGCAGGGAUUGAUAUACCGAUUGAAGAAACAGGAAAUUUAUUGCAGUUUCUUGAGUUUUGCUCAGCCUUUGGAGAGGCUCUUGAUUUGAAAGAAGGGCAAGCUGAAUCUAUAGUUUCUGAGUUGUUCUCUUGUGGGCGUAGCACAAGGAGGCAACCAUACUGCUCUGUUAUACCAGUGAUGAUCCAGUUGCUGGAACUAAUAUCACAUGAUAGAGAUAUGUCUUUGUCUCUAAGUGCAACAGACAGCACUUGGUUCAGUUCUCUUGGAGAGUGCCUAUUGCAGUCAGGAGUUCUGAGUGAUGUGUUCCCGCCUGAGACUUUCACUUCAGGUGUCUCUGAGUAUACGAAGAUGGAUGCGUCAACAAGGCUCAAGCUUCUCAACUUCUUAUGUGAUGAAUCACUUAGCACUCUAGCAAUGAGAAAUUUCAUUGAGACCAAAAGUGUGGAGUCUGAAGCACAGAGAAGAGAAGCAAAAGAAAAGGCUGCAGCUGCAAAGGAAAAGGAGAAACAGCUUAGGCAGAAGAUGCAAGGUGAUCUUGUCAAAGCUCAUAUGGAAAGAAACGGAGCUCCCUUAUCCAUUGAAGAGCAUCAUGCAAUUUUGUCUCAAAUAAAAGCUGAAGUUAAAGAAGCUCAUGACAAGAUGCUGGAGGCAAAGGGCAUGAUAUCUAGAAAGAGGCAAAGAUGUGAUGCUGCUGGAACUGACCCCAUCCUAUUGAAUGAUGAUGGUCUUGUUCUCUGGAAACUCAAGUGCUUUGAAGAAGAACCAAAGUUUCUGCUUCAAGAUCUAGGUACUUUUGGUGAUUUAUCCCCACAUGAAAAAUGGUUAGCUUUUAAGCCUGAGCAGAAACAAGAGGUUGAGAAGUAUAUCUCUGCCAAAGGUUGAAACUUGAAGAGUGGGGAAGGCCAUCAUGUAAUUUUCAGAAGUCAUUUAACUCAUUUCUUCCCUUUUUUUUUUUUUUUAUCUUGGCUUCUUUCCAUCAGUUCGGCUAAUUCUAUUGUUUGAUGAUAUGCUUGUUUUAUGCCUCAAACUCUUAUUAUAAUGAAGAAACCUCAAU